AUUAUGGCAAUAAUAAAGCCAGAGAUUAAGGCAUAUGCGAUUGUUAACAACUCAAGGUCAAGGGUGGAUCAUCAAGCCUGUAUAAUCACACACUGUAACACAUUAUAUACAAUCCGUCGUGGCAGUAAGAUUGUGUUUAUCUAUUUAACUGGUUGCUUAGUCAUAUUUACUCCUGUACGUACAAUACAUAUACGCUUCAAUAAAUAUUUCAAACUUCCAUGGAGCUAGCCGUUUUAGACACUGACCAAUGGUGAAAUUUAACCUGUGCUGCAUUUUUCAGUGUCUGCUAUCUUCGCCACCAACACAACGAGAUCCUCAGCCGGGAUUGUAAUUCAGAUUGUUUUCAAAUUACGUUCCUGAAUUAUGAAGCGCCCUCGACUAGACUUUAUUGAACGAGGCCUCACCAAGUUGUAUGCAAAGUAUGGUCGUAUUAUCGCCCGCUGUCCAUUGCCAUUUCUUAUAAUCCCUGUACUGACUGCUAUCGGACUAGGAUACGGCUUGAAAUACCUAAAAACUGUAUCCAGUGUCGAGUACCUUUAUACACCACUAGACGGUCAGGGUAAAAUUGAUCGUGAUACGGUUGAAUCUUUUUUCACAUCAGAAGAUGUUGACGCUGCGUCUGUUACGCGACUGUCACGUACCAUUUUGUAUUCUUGGGCUAUUAUUACAACGAAGGAUAUCAACGGCAAUACCCUCUCCACUGACAUAUUUAGAGAUAUUCUUAAUUUGGAUGAACAAUUGAAAAAUAUAACCAUCGUAAGCAAUGAUACUGUGUACGGUUGGAACGAUGUCUGUCUGGCUGUUAAUGGAGAGUGUCUUCCUCUGUUAGUGCUCGCGGCAUUUAGAGAUGAUGUGGACAAUCUUGAUAAUUUACAAAUAACAUACCCAGUAUACACAGAUGGCACAACCGGAAACCAGUAUUUCCUUGGAACUGAUGUUGGCGGCGUUACUUUAAAAUCGGGCUCUGAUGUUUUACUCGAGCGUGCGUUUGCGGUGAAGUUAAAUUAUUAUCUUUCUAUUGAUAGGAGUGUUAGACAAGCAACGAAUCUUUGGAGCAGCGCAUUCCUCAAUUUUCUUCUGAACUACGAAUCAGAUUUGAUUGAUGUGCGCGUUUACACGACACGGUCAUUAGACACUGAAUUGAGCAAAGUUGUAGAUCAAAUUGUACCAAUUUUCGCAGUAGGAGGCUCGCUUUUGAUAGCCUAUGCGAUCUUGUCAAGUAACAAACGUGACUGGGUACAGAACAAGCCGUUUCUGUGUCUCAGUGGCGUGAUAUCCGCUUUACUUGCAAUAUUGUCGUCAUUCGGCCUUCUUAGCUACUGUGGAUUUGAAUUCACCGAGGUGGUGGCAUGUCUACCAGUUCUCAUUCUGAGUAUUGGCGUCGAUGACAUGUUUAUUAUGUUGGCUGCUUGGAGAAAUACAGACAUUCGCCAAUCUGUCGAAGACAGGAUGUCCAGAGCAUUUAGCGAAGCCGCGUUGUCCAUCACCAUAACGAGUAUCACAGACGGAAUUGCUUUCGCUGUAGGUGCCUUCUCCAGAUUUCCAUCUGUCCGGAUAUUUUGCACGUAUGCUGCUGCCGCCGUGACCGCGGACUUUAUCUUUCAGAUUACAUUUUUCGCGGCAGCUUUGGCGUUGUUCGGUUACCGUGAAUCUAGCAAUCGCCACUGCCUGACUUGUUUCAAAGUAAAGCCCAACGACGAAGCACCGAAUUUGGCCUACAGGGUGAUGUGCGCCGGUGGGCCGUCACAGUCAACAACCACGACAUCUGAAAUCGCCCCCAGCUCGCUUAUGCGGUUUUUCAAAAGCGUGUUUGGACCGAUAGUCUUACACAACGUUUCGAAAGUCAUUAUCCUAAUUUCUUAUGGAGUAUAUUUGGGAUUUGGUAUCUGGGGUGUGUUAAAUGUAGAUGAGGGUCUGGCCCUCACAAGUUUAGCGGCUGAUGACUCAUAUGUGAACGAUUUCUAUGAAUAUGAAUACAGAUAUUUUCGCGAGUACGGCCCGAGUAUAAUGUUGACCAUUACCGAAACGGUCGACUAUUCUGACGUUUCCGCUCAAGAAAGCAUUGAAAAUCUUGUAUCAGACUACGAAGCGCUCAACGUCAUCCACACUUCAACAUUCACUGAAUCAUGGCUUCGUUUUUACCUGCAAUAUCUGGCAGCUGCAAACAUUACUUAUAGCAGUAAUGAAGAAUUUGUCGCGAUAUUACGCCAACAGUUCUUACAGCUCAACGCGUAUGCUCAUUAUGCGCAGGACAUUGUCUUCGCCGACGAUACUUCGACAGACAUAAUUGCAUCACGGUUCAUUUUAAUAUCCAAAGAUAUCAGCAGCACGUACAGAGAACAAGAAUUGUUAGUUCAAACUCGUGAUCUUUUGGAUAGUUCACCGUAUGAAACAUUGGUGUAUAAUGCUCUUUAUGUCUUCUUCGAUCAAUAUACUGCCAUUUUACCGGCCACUUUGCAGAACCUAGGAAUAGCUCUUGCGGCCAUGUUGAUAGUAUCUAUUCUCCUUAUUCCAAGUCUGAGCUGCAGUAUUUGGGUUGUAGCUGCGAUCGCUUCCAUUGAGGUUGGCGUUAUUGGUUACAUGACGUUUUGGGGCGUGCGUCUGGAUUCCAUUUCCAUGAUCGUCAUCAUUCUGUGCAUCGGAUUUAGUGUCGAUUUCUCCGCACAUAUUACUUACUCGUACACAAUAGCCCCUGGAAAAACCAAGAAAAUGCGAAUGAAUAACGCGUUAUUUUUACUCGGUAUGCCCAUGCUACAAGGCGCCGUUUCGACAAUCUUAGGCGUGCUUACGUUGGCUUUCUCUUCGUAUUACAUCUUCCGUACAUUGUUUAAGACUCUUUUUCUGGUGAUUGUUUUUGGACUGUAUCACGGGUUAUUCGUCCUACCAGUUCUGUUAUCACUCUUCGGGCCUACUUCUUCUAAGAGUAUUCGGAAGGAUAAGACUACCAGGAAGUCUGUGAGAGGUAUGAGCUUUAAUUCGCAUGGUACUCGACGCGCAUUAAAAAAGAGAGACACACUAAUGGCAAAACAAAAAGCAGAUGAUAAUUAUGAAGUCUCGGUUGCUGAUGGUGUCGACGAAAUGAACACAGGCAGUGAACAAACUUGCCCCGUAAAAAGGGAUCCGAUUGUUGAAUUUAAUAACAAAACGAUUGUUUUUAAGUGAGAUUUAGUUGCAAAAUAUAAAAAUUACGUUUUAUUUUUUGUUCGUGUUGGUAGAACAAAUCAACACUUUCCAAUAUACAAUACAAUUAGAGC